AUGUUUAUAGGUGGAUAUCGUACCACGUUAUGUAUGCACCAAAUGCUAACAUCAACUUGUAAUCAAAAUACCUCUUUUGAAUGGACUGAUAAGCAUACAACUGGUACGGAUGGUUUUGUGUGGGGCUCAAAUGAGCCGGAUAAUGUAGGAUAUUUGCAGUAUUAUCUGGUUUUGUAUACGGGUUUGGGGACUAUGGACGAUACGGCUGGAUUGGGAAAUGGUGCGAUAUGUGGGAUUCAGGCCGGCAAUUUUUGA